AGGGCCGCCGGCAAGAGGCUCGGGGUGGUCGGGCUGGGCGGGCUGGGCCACGUCGCGGUCAAGUUCGGCAAGGCCUUCGGGCUGCACGUCACGGUGAUCAGCACGUCGCCGGCCAAAGAGCAGGAGGCCAGGGAGAACCUCAAGGCCGACGACUUCAUCAUCAGCACCGACGACAAGCAGAUGCAGGCUAUGGCGAGGAAGCUUGACUACGUGAUCGACACAGUCCCGGCGGCGCACUCGCUGGGACCAAUCCUGGAGCUGCUCAAGGUGGGCGGCGCACUCGCCCUCGUCGCCGCUCCGGACGGGCCCCUCGAACUACCUUCCUUCCCGCUUAUUUUCGGGAACAAGACGAUCAGUGGGAGCAUAACGGGGGGAAUGAAUGACCAUCAGGAGAUGAUGGACCUCUGCGGGGAGCACAACAUCACCUGCGACAUCGAGCUCGUCUCCAACGACGGGAUCAACGGCGCGUUAGCCAGGCUCGCGCGCAACGACGUCCGCUACCGUUUCGUCAUCGACAUUGCGGGGGGUGACUCCAGGUUCUAGCUAGUUUUGUUGCUCUGUGUCAAAAUGGAAUGAAAUGAUGGGUAUCUGUUUGAGUUCAGCACGAAGAGAGUGAUGGAUCUUGAAUUACUAGUGAGAUGUGAGAAACUGUAUGUCGUCCUCCUAUUGGCUAUGAUGUUCCUUGUAUGCAAUUCAUCAUUGAGUUUUCAUUUUUUUUCAACAAUGUAAAUUUUCUAAUAUUUGGUUAACUGGAUUGUAUCUUGUAUUCCAAGUCUCAA